AUGUUACUCUCUAUGGCAGAUCCACUAAUUAAACUAACACGUCACGAGAAGAUCAUGAUUACCCGAGUACGCAUUGAGCACACCAAACUCAUACAUUCUCACUUGAUGCGUAAGGAGCUCAAACCCAGGUGUGAAACGUGCCUCAACGAACUCAGCGUCAAACAUAUAUUCCUAGAAUGCCCUAACUACCAGAACGCUCGAACGAAAUCAAACUUAAACACAAGAUCACUCAAAGAAGCGCUCAACUACGGAGAUGAAAAAAGAAUAUUUGACUUCAUCAAGAUAGCCGAUCUCGCAUCGAACAUCUAA